AUGCUGCAGCAGAAGAUAAAGCAGCAGCAGCAGCAGCAGCAGCAGCAGCAGAAGGAGGAGAAGAAGAAGCAACAGCAGCAACAGCACCCCCAUCACCACCCGCAGCAACUGCAGCAGCAGCACCACCACCACCAGCAGCACAGCAGCAGCAGCAGCAGCAGCAGCAGCAGCAGCAGAAAACCUUCGUACCGUGCGUUGUUUACUCUGCGUGAUUUGCAGCAUCCUGCUGCAGUUGCUGCUGUUGCUGCUGCGCUGCAGCAAGACAGCAGCUCAGCUCUACUAAGACACGAAAUUGCUUUUGUAUUAGGACAGAUUCAAUUCCCUCAACCACCUGCUGCUGCUGCUGCUGCUGCUGCAGCUGCUGCUGCUGCUGCAGCGGCGGAAAGAGAAAGAGCAGCAGCAGAAAAAACGGGAGAAGGAGCAGCAGGAGGAGAAGCAGCAGAAGGAACAGCAGCAGCAGCAGCUGCUGCUGCUGCUGCUGCUGCAGCAGCAGCAGCAGCAGGAGCAGCAGCAGGAGUAGAAGAGGUGAGUGCAGCAGCAGCAGCAAAUGCUUCUGCUGCUGCGCUGCUGCAGUGCCUUCACAAUAAAGAAGAACACCCAAUGGCUCGGCAUGAAGCAGCACUGGCUCUGGGUAGUCUAGCAGCAGCAGCAGCAGCAGCAGAAACACCCUUUGCUGCUGCUGCUGCUGCUCCUGCUGCUGCUGCUGCUGCUGAUGAUGAUGGUGGUGAUGCAGCAGCAGCAGCAGCAGCAGCAGCAGCAGCAGCAAAAACACCCUCUUCUGCUCCUGCUGCUGCUCCUCCUGCUCCUGCUGCUGCUGCUGAUGAUGCAGCAGCAGCAGCAGCAGCAACAGCAACAGCAGCAGCAGCAGCACCAGCAACAGCAGCAGCAGCAGCAGCAGCAAAUUCUACUCCUCCAUCUAUCCGCGAUGUCGUGCUGCAGGCUCUGUAA